UUUUCUAUUCCAAUGUCAGAAGAUCGUGAAUCGUGUGAUUAUGACGGUAGGGGAACCUACCUGUAUUGUGAGGAUGGAACGUACUGUUGCGGAAACAAACAGUGUUGCAACCCGUUGGCAUUGUCGUCGAUCAUCGGUAUGGGGAUUGCAGGCAUUAUAUUCCUUUUGUUUGCGGCCGUUAUUAUAUAUUUCUGUGUAAGGAAAAAUAACAGGAAUCCAGGAAGUAUUCAACCACAACAUGAAGAAAAUAUGGAAGUUAAUGGUAUAUCCAGCACUCCCGGCUACUGCAUACCACAGGACGGCUAUUGCCAGUAUCCCCAUCCCCCGGCAUACAGUCAGGCCGUCGACCAGUACCCCCCAGCAUACAGUCAGGCCGUUGACCAGUAUCCCCCGGAAUACAACCAGCCACCAGCAUACCGCGAGACAAACAGCCAACCCCAAACCUACGGUCUGGAAACACCAUGCAUACCCACCAACGCCAGCGUUUAACUCUGUACCGAAAACUAGUAGCUGUUUUUUUGUAUGACUAGGUCAUAUAUGGUUCUAGCUUUUAAAAAGCUAAUAGACUUAAUGACUUCUAAACUAAAGCCGUUCUUCGUUCUACUAACAUUAGGACAAGGAAUUCAAGUAGUAUUACCGAUCAUAUAAAACAAUUAAGAUUUAUUUUGUCAAAAAUCAUUUUUUGUGUGUGUGUGUUCAAACAAAUGUUAUGUCUGUAAUCUGCAAGAGUUCCAAAUUUUCCACUCAGUCAUAUUUGCAUUAGUGUGCCAUUUAUUCAAUGAUUUAGCAUUUAUUCUAUCCUACAUGCAAACAUGUAUGAUUAUUGUUAAUUCACUUAUCAGUUAUUCAAGAUG